AUGCCUUUGAAGCUGGAACAGCUCGUUUUAUUCCAAGGCAAUGCUAAGACUAUUAUCACACCGUCUUCUAAUGAGAAGCUGGGGUAUGUCAAAGCCAAGUACGGCGUUCACUACACUGUCAACUAUAAGGAGAAAAAGAAGUCUGCGCAGGUUAUUCUGCCGAAGAUUCAUUUCGACCCGGCGGAUAGUAUUUUCAUCCCCGCUAAUAGGACCUGA